UCAUACCGAAUUUACCGAUGAUCAUAGGCCCGAGGCGCAGCAGCUACCACCACCACCUCAGCCGCCGCCGUAGCCACGUCGCCCGUUAAACUUUUUGAAAAAAAAACAGAAACGGACCGGCCCGAGCGUUGUCGUUGUAAUAUUAUUGUUGAUAUUUUAUCGUAAUAACAUUAUAUCGCCCGACGGCGGCCGUCCGGUUCCGAGUUCUCUCGUCGUUUAGCCACCGAGUGUAGUUUUUUUCACGUUUUUAUUAUUCUCGCAAUCGUUUUUAUCGGCUCCACCUGCACCACCACCCGUGAGAAUCGUAAGCGACGGCGAUACGACGACGACGACGAUUGAACUCGCGGACGGUCGGUGUUGUCGCGGACGAAACGAUGUGUCGUUCGCCGGUCAUCGGUUUGUGGAGCAGCAGCAGUUGACGUUGUAAACACUCUUUAUAUUAAUCUACUCAAGACAUUAUAGUCAGUAUAUAACAGGUGUUAAAAUGAGUUCAUUCAAUGACAGAGCACCAAUCCAAGAAGUACCAUCACCAAUGACAAAUUUAGCUAAUUGUCUAGGAACAUCACUAACAGUCAGACGGAAACUAACAUUAUCUGAACCCAGUGAAACUCCAAAAAAAUGUUAUGAUAACGUUCUCCACGAUCACGACUUCAACGGCUCAUCAAAUACCAGAUUAUUCAAAGGAAGUUCAAAAAAUAUUAAUGAUAGUCCAACAUUCAAAUGUUUGAUGCUUCAAAAAAUGAUCAACAGUCCAGUUGAGAAAGAAAACACAACCAAGUGUUUGGAUACAUUUGCCUCUAAAUCAAUUUUAUCACCAUCCCAAUCAAGUCCAACUUUCUUGAUGCACAGUCGUAAUACAAGAGGUCGUCAUCCAUUAGAAGAUCAUGAUCCUAAUUCACAAGACAGUGGUUUUUUUUCAGUGCUCUCUGAAGAUUCCAGGUCAUUAACCAGAUUUGAACCUAAAACUGUAAUUGAAAAGAAAAAUUCAUCAUUAAAUGUUUCUCGGUCAGAUUCAAUUGUUUGUCACAAAGGAAUCCCAGAAAUAGAUGAUUCAUUUCUAGACAAUGUUAAUUCUCCAGCAAGAUUGUCUCAAGAUUCACUUCCCGGUGAAUUUAAUACUUUGAUCGAUGGAGAUAUUUUUGCCUUACAUUCGCCAAUAAUUAAACCUAUUGUCAGACGAAGAAAUCCUAAAUAUGAUUCAGAUACACCUCGAAAAGUUGAUUUAGUUUUUGGAGAAAUUAAUAACACUGAUGUUGUUGUGAAAAAACGUAAAUUAUUUAAUGAAUUUGAGUGUCCUUCUGAGAAAUCAAUUGUAUCCAAAAGGUUAAAGCCUAAUGUUGAUCUAUCGAUGUCAUUUGAUUCUCCAAGAUUAGACACUGGAAAUACUUCCUUAACUGCUCCUGUAUCGUACAAGAAAACUACACUUUUUGAUUAUGGAUUUUACAAAAAUAGUGUUUCUAAGCUCCGAAGAUCAUUUUCAACUAAUGAAGCCACAAUAAAAGCUGCAUUUGAGAAAGAGGAUAAUGUAUCAAAUUUAAUUGGUGACUUCAGUCAAUCAUUUAUAUUGCCUUUGUUAUCACUUGGCCGUCAUGCAGAUCUCCGUAGUAUAUCUCCUGAUACAUUAGCUCAUUUAUUGGAGGGCACAUUCAAUGAUUGUAUCGAUUCCUAUCUGAUAAUAGAUUGCAGAUAUCCCUAUGAAUAUGAAGGUGGUCAUAUAAGAGGAGCAAUCAACAUAUUUACUAAAGAACAACUAAUUAAAGAUUAUACUGAAGACAAGUUGGGUAAAAAAUCUCAUAAAACUGAUAAAAUUAAUGUGAAGAGAAAUGUUUUGAUAUUUCACUGUGAAUUUUCAUCGGAAAGAGGCCCAAGUCUGUCACGAUACCUACGUAAUGCAGAUAGACAAAAGAACAGUAUGUGCUAUCCUUAUUUGGACUAUCCAGAAAUGUAUUUGCUUGAUGGUGGGUACUGUAAAUUUUACAGUCAACACAGUCGUUUAUGUGUGCCGUCUAGCUAUCGGUCAAUGUAUGAUCCUGCCCACACCUCAGAAUUAAGAAAGUUCAGGUCCAAAUCAAAAACAUGGGCUUGUCACAAUGAGGCAACGUCAAGAUUAGCAGGCAAAAACACACUCAAACGAUUGGGUUUUAAUUAAUCGCUUUUGAGUGUUCUUUUAUGUAAAUAGUGUUGACAUUUUUUUUUUUUAUUGAUUUGUAUUUGAAUAUUUUUUUUUGCGUUUUAUUUUUAUUCUUUUUAACCACUUAACCAUAUUUUUUUCUAUUUUAAAACUGAUUUGUUUAAGUAUUAAAUUAGAUCCCAGUGCAAUUUUAUAUAACUUUUGUGAUGCUAUAUUAUAGUAAAAGCACUGUUAGCUAAGUUUCCAAAAAAAAACAUUUAAUUUUUAUCAUUUAAUCAUCACCUAUUGUGGUUUUAAUUAUUUGAUAUAGAUCGUUAAUAUAAAAUCAAAUACAUAUAGUUUAUUAUGUACGUGUGUUUGUGUGAUUUUAAUAUAUUUGCUAAGUGCAAUGUGAUUCAUAUAGAAUAUUAAACUUAAAAAAAAAAAAACAAUGUUAGUAGGUGUGUUAACAUUAAAAAAAAAAAAGACUUGUAGGAUUAAUUUUAUUUUUUACAAUGCAUUAUUAAAAUAACUAAGAUAUAAGUGAAUGAAAAUCAAUUGAGUGUGUUCUUUUUAUAAUUUUUUUUUUUUUUAAUUUCGCUUCGCCCAUGUUGUGUUCUACAUUUUUAUGUGUAGUUAGUAAAAUGUGUAUAUACUCGUAGUAAAGCUAAGUAUUUAAAAAAAUUUGUAGUAUUUAUUUUAUUUAUUUUUUCAUAUUUUGUCUGAAAUAUUAAUAGUUAUGAGAUCAUACGUACAUUAUAUUAUAUUUUAAUAUAUUUAUCUAUGUCAUCGGC